AUGGUUAUCAGGCUUAGGGUUAAGAAUUCGCUGUCCCCACCGAUUUGUUUUGUCUUUCCUUCCCCAUGGCCAUCCCCUUUGUGCAGAUCAGAGGAAGAAGAAUUCCAGCCCCCCUGUUACAACGUGCAGAGCUCUCACACCCUCCACGCCCUUUGCACUGCGCCACAGCAGGCGCAAGGAGAGAAGGUGCAGAGGAGAGGAGGAACGCCCAAUCGCAAGGGGAAGAAUCUCCAACCCCCGCUUCCAACGUGCACAGCUCUCGCACCAUCCUCGCCCUUCUUCCAAUCCUCAGCCUUGCCUGUGUUUCCCCUCCCUGUCUCUGUCGCAGAUCAGAGGAAGAAGAAGAAUCCCCAGCCCCCCGCUUCCAACGUGCAGAGCUCUCGCACCAUCCUUGCCCUUCUUCCAAUCCUCAGCCUUGCCCGUGUUUCCCCUGCCUGUUUGUGUCGCAGAUCAGAGGAAGAAGAAGAAUCUCCAGCCCCCCUCUUCCAACGCGCAGAGCUCUUGCACCAUCCUCGCCCUCCGCUCUGCGCCACAUCAGGCACGGGGAGAGAGGGUGCAGGCGAGAGGAGGAACGGCGCACGGGCGAGACGGACGUGGCGGCAUUUGGACUUUGGCAACGAUCUCACCGCACUCACUGCAGACGGGCGGCGCGGCCGGAGCGCCGCCCGCACGCUGGGCUUCCGGGGCAGCUGCAUUCGUCUGCCAGCGGUGCACCGGCAGAUGCUGAGGCGGCUUCUAAGGAGGAUGAUGUUCCGAGGGGAGGUGGAGCAGGCGGUAGGGGUGCUGGCGGCUCUGAUGGAUGCGGAUAAGGAUGCUGAAGUUACGAGACGAGCUGUUGACGAGCCUAUAUGGCUGGAGUCCCAGCAAGCGCUGGUGCUGCUGCGAGAGUUGUGGCGCAAGGGCUUCAGUAGCAGAGGCAGUGGCAGUGGUGCUGCCAGUGGUGGAGGUGGUGGCAGCAGCAGCAGCAGCAGUGAGCGGCGAAGGGCAGAGAGGAGGCGACUGGUGGUGUUCAUGCGAGUGAUAGCUCUGAAGCAAGAGGACGAUGUGAGUGGUGAUGGGAGGGAAGAGUAG